GCAGACUCCGGACGGAUCUACAGCAUAACAGUUCGAGUAAAGUCUGUAGAACUCUGUUUACCCAAAGCUAUUCACCGGUCUCUAUAAAGUGAAUUCAAAUGCCUCCAUGAUCGUACGUGAAAUGAUCAUUCUAAGCUGACGUAGGAUGUGGUGGCGACAGAAAUAGAUUCGUGUACGUGUGACAACAGAGAGGAACAAAAUGCCUCCGCAUAAGCCAGUGCAUAGCCUUAAGGCCUUUGCAAAGGACAAGGUCAUGUACAACGUUUGCGCAGUGAUCCUCGACGAAAUUUUCUUCACCGAGGAGGAGAACUGGGACAUUUUCGGCCCUCCGAGGCUGUCCACGAGGCUGAGCAUCGUCCGGGACAUCCUCGCGAGCUCCCUCACCCCCACCCUCCUUGAAGACCUCCUGAACACCAUCCUCUCCAAGGACGAGGCAGUGGAGGCCACAGUCCGCUACCUCGCCCUCCAGCUCCUCCUCGUAGAAGGAGUUCGUAAUUUGAUGGUUGGCAACUUCCCGGAGUCCUAUUACGAGUGGGUUCUGGAGGCGACCGGGUUGAACGGAGCGGGUAUCCAGACCCUCGACCUCCGAGGCGUGUGGAUACGGGAGGAACACAGAUACUUCCUCAUCAAGGCUCUACGAAAGCUCCAGGAUGUCAGGAAGCUCACUCUGCGCUACACCUGUGACGACGAGAUGCUGGCGACCCUCGGGAAGUACUGUCUCAAGCUCCAGAAACUCGACAUCUCUGGCUCUGCGAGAAUCACUGUGGAUGGUCUGAAACAGCUCUGCGAGAACCCGUCUCGCACUCACGACACACAUCUCACGCAGACAUUGCAGAUAGUCGAUCUGGGGGGCCCCGGGUCACAGAAUCUUAGUGUUGACCUUGCAUGCUACCUCUUGAAGACCUUACCUCACCUAGUAAGUCUUGGUUCCUAUGAGCACACAGGGGCUGCACUCGAGAUCAUGCAUAAGAAAUGUCCAAACAAACAAUUUGGUUUGAAGUACUUGCAUGACGUCAUCACAACUAGUGGUCGGCAUUUUGCCAUCUGCAAAGCGUGUCCAGAUCUACAAGCCAUAUAUCUGGACAGCCCGAAAGACAUAUGCAUCCAUUUCCUUGAUAUGAUGAACAAUCUUUCAGAAGUCAAAAUGCAUAAAGUUAGAUGGAGUGACGUUCUGGUUAUGCUGAAGAAAAUGGGUUCAAGAAUACGCAGUUUAUUUUUACUGACAGUUUUUGGACAAGUUGAUAUGAUUGAGUUAGGAAGCCUGUGCCCCAACAUGAUUCGUUUGGAGAUCCACAAUGUUUCACUUUCAUGCUCCGACACCACACACAGAAGUGCUUUCCACAAUAUUAAAGAACUAUAUAUAUACAACAGUCAGAUAAGUACCACGUGCGUCAAACUUAUCAUGAACCAGUGCUUGAACGUGGAACACUUAACACUUGGAGAUUGCGCCCAACUCACAGACCCAGCCAUCAUCCUUAGCAUGAGGGACCAUUCACUGCGUCACGUCAAAGAAAUCUGGUUUGGUGUUGCCCAGAACCUUACUAUGCGCACCAUCGAAGCCUUGAUAGAGCACUGUCCUCUGCUUACGAGUCUGGGUAACUUGGCUGCCUGGAGUGUUCACCCGGAUGACAUUAACCUUUUACGAGUCCAGUUUAUGGUGACCAAUGUUGAUUUAGCAUUACAUGAGUAUGGCCCUGAUGAAGAGGAGCAGUGGAUACCUAUUGAAGCUAUUUGAUGUGGCUGUCUUUUGUACUAUACUGUAUAUAAUAUACUGUGGGUUAGAAUGUUUUACAUGUCUUCAAUGUCCUGUUUUUUGACAUAAUGGUGUUUAUCUUGAAUCAAUAUUGCCAUGGAAAAAAAUCAAGAGUAUCGAUGUUUCAUUUUCAAUCAUUCCAUCUAUUAGAUAAUCAUAUAGACAUGAAAAGACUAUGUCUAUCCAAGACAUAUACAAAUUUUUAACUUCAUAAAAUAGCCCUGAUGAAUAAAGUAUUCCAGUGUUCAAUUCUUUAGUAUUUUCUUGGCAAGACACAAGAAAGUAUGAAGCUUUACAAUUUUCUUUCCUGUGAUGUCUUUGUAAUAAUAAGGUUUUAAGACUAAUGGAUGUUUCUAGUGACAACUUGUAAAAUACUGAGACAUAUGUAAAUGCUGCCAUUAUUUUGAUAUGCAGUUCCCAGUGAGCAAGACAUCUAUACAAUUGAAACUGUAAUUUUUGUCACAUAAAGACAAGAAUUUAUCAAUUUCG